AUGGCCCCCGCGCCCGCUGGCCGCGUCAAGCGCCCCCAGCGCCUCGCGCCCCUCCUGGCCUCCCCUGUUUCUCCUCCCUCGCCGCUACCGCCGGCGGCCGCGCCGCGUUGGCCGCGCCCGGGCUCGCCCCUGGCCGCGCCCGCGAGUCCGCGUGUUCGCUGCGCCCCGCGCUCUGGCUCCCAUCGCCUCCCCUGCUCCGGCCACCUCGGCCAUGGCCUCGCCCCUCUCCUGGCGUCGCCGCUGGCCGUUGGCCGCGCGCGCCCCGCGGCCUGCACCGGCCGCCCGUGCGCCUGCUGGCCUCGCCCGAGGCCGCGCCCUAGCGCUCGUGCCUCGUCCCGGCCGUUUGGCUCGACCACGGCCACUCCCCCUCUGGCCCUCGGCCUCGUCUGA